AGUUCCUAUAGGCAAUAUUAGCAUUAAAUUUCAAGAUGUGGUUUGAAAUCAUCCCAAGUUUUUCUAUCUGCGUAGUCUGCCUGACAAUUCCUCACAUGAUUAAUCCUUGGCUCAACAAGUUACUUUUGGGCAAUUGGUACCAGCGCAGUCUGAGGUUCGGGCGUGAGCGACACUACGUGCUACGAGAUGAGCGUCUCAACGGUAGCACCUACAAGCCACUGGGACUCAAAGACCUCCCAGACGAGCCCGCCGCGAAGUAGGCGUCCCGCCUCCUGCGCUUACACUUACAAAAAUGGAUGGCUCAUGCUGUCCAAAUACUGACGCACUUUCUGCACCUUGCUCUGACACACUUCUAUUUUGGGCUAAAUUAGUUUAGGAUGGCCCACACUAGAGUAAAAAGUGCAUUGCUAUUUGGGGAAAGUGUCUCUAAUUUAUCUGAGUGUGCUUAAAAGUCCCCACCAACAUUUUUCAACAUCUGUGUUGCAUGUAGCGGGGAUUUUCUGUUUAAUGCAUUGAUUUGUCGUGAAAUUUCAUAGUGUUAUUGGAGAAAAUAGUUUGACUCUAAGAUACAAUUACGCGUUUAAUUAGCAACAUCAAUGAAGCAUCAUUGUAAUCCCUCCCUUGAUGCUCUCGCCUUGGUUGGCGUAAUAACGGUUCAUAAACUGUACAGAUAUACGAGCUCUCGUA